UGGCCGGGCGGGCUUGGGCCGCGGUCGCGGUGCCCGGACCCCGAAGACAACCUCUCCCACCCUGGGACAGUGUGUCGGGGCCCGGGCUGGGGAUUUAGAGCCAGGCGGUCCGGGGCCUAUCUCGGCAUCAUCGCUUACCAGCUCCUCUUCGACCUCAGGGCCUCAAUUUCUCCAUCCCUGCAAUGGAGAUAAAGGACAGUACCUGCCUCACGGGGCUAUUGUGGGACUUCACUGAGAUCACGCAGGGAAAGGGCUUAGAACAGUCUGGCACAUAUUUAUCAUUCGAUAAAUGCUAAUUUAUGACUAUGUUAUCAAGCUUUUGUUUUGUUUUUGAGACAGAGUCUCGCUCUGCUGCUCAGGCUGGAGUGCAGUGGUGCGAUUGCAGCCUCGACCUCCCAAGCUCAAGCGAUCCUCUCGCGUCAGCCUCCUGAGUAGCUGGGACCACGGGCGCUCGCCACUACACCUGCUAAUUUUUUAUUUUUUGUAGAGACAGAGUCUCACUAUGUUGCCCAGGCUGGUCUCGAACUCCUGGGCUCAAGUGAUCCUCCCGACUUAGCCUCUCAAAGUGCUCAGAUUACAGGCAUGAGCCACAGCAACUGGCUCAAAACAUUUAUAGAUAUAUUUGUUGCCCUUUUUGAAACUGUCUUCAUAGAUAAUUGCUAUUAUAAAGUGGAUUUGCACCUUUCCUUUUACGUUACUUCAUAUGUGUGUCCAUAAACAAUUAUAGUAUUAGUAAUGUAUUUCUAAACUUCAGGUAAUGCUGUUCUACUAUUUAGAUAGUGUUCUGCUUUUAAACAAUUUUACUGUAUAUAUCCAUCUGUAACUCCCUUUAAUACAGUGUUGCUUUUGAAGUUCUUUUUUUAAGGACGGAGUCUUGCUAUGUUGCCCAGGAUGGUCUCGAACUCCUGGACUCAAGCUUUCCCCCCACCUCAGUCUCCAAAAGUGCUGGGAUUACAGGUGUGAGCCACAGUGUCUGGCCUGAUAUUAUGAAACUUUUUCUCAGUUGUUGAAACUUAUUCUCAGUUGUUGGUUUUGCGAGGAAAAGUUGAUUUGUCCAUUGGUUUUGUGCGCAUUUAAAAUUUUACCAACUUUAACUGCUACCCUUGUGAGUUACCAUUCGGUGGCCACUAUUUCUAGUCAAUUUCUGCUGACCCACACGGGUCUAAAUUUGACAAGGAAGAUUUGAGUCCUCUGUCAAAAGUAGCCCAUAACAUUUAUGCUCUGCAGUUUAUCUUUUUCUAAUUUAUUUUUUUGAGAUGGAUCUCACUCUGUCACCCAGGCAGUGGCGAAAUCAUAACACACUGCAACCUCCAUCUCCUGGGCUCAAGCCAUCUUGCUGCCUCAGCCACCUGAGAAGAUUCAUUAAAACAUGUUUCUUUCUCUCUUGGUUCAUGAUAUGGUUUGGCUGUGUCCCCACCCAAAUCUCAACUUGAAUUGUAUCUUCCAGAAUUCCCACGUGUUGUGGGAGGGACCUGGGGAAAGUAAUUGAAUCAUGGGGCCAGUCUUUCCCAUGCUAUUCUUGUGAUAGUGAAUAAGUCUCACAAGAUCUGAUGGGUUUAUCAGGGGUUUCCACUUUUGCUUCUUUCUCAUUUUCUUUUGCCGUCAACAUGUUAAGAAGUGCCUUUCACCUCCCGCCAUGAUUUUGAGGCCUCCCUAGCCAUGUGGAACUUAAGUUCAAUUAAACCUCUUUUUCUUCCCAGUCUCAGGUAUGUCUUUAGCAGCAGCGUGAAAACAGACUAAUACUGUAAAUUGGUAGCAGUAGAGUGGGGCAUUGCUGAAAAGAUACCCAAAAAUGUGGAAGCAGCUUUGGAACUGGGUAACAGUCAGAGGUUGGAACAGUUUGGGGGGCUCAAAAGAAGACAGGAAAAUGUGGGAAAGUUUGGAACUUCCUAGAGACUUGUUGAGUGACUUUGCCCAAAAUGCUGAUAGCAGUAUGAUCAAUAAGGUCCAGGCUGAGGUGGUCUCAGAUGGAGAUGAGAAACUUGUUGGGAACUGGAGUAAAGAUGACUCUUGUUAUGUUUUAGCACAAAGACUGAUGGCAUUUUGCCCCUGCCCUAGAGAUUUGUGGAACUUUGAACUUGAGAAAGAUGUUUUAGGGUAUCUAGUGGAAGAAAUUUCUAAGUGGCAAAGCGUUCAAAAGGUGACUUAGGUACUGUUAAAGGUAUUCAGUUUUGUAGGGGAAGCAGAGCAGAAAAGUUUGGAAAAUUUGUAGCCUGACUAUGUGAUAGAAAAGAAAAACCCAUUUUCUAGGGAGAAAUUCAAGCCAGCUGCAGAAAUUUGCAUAAGUAGCAAGGAACCUAAUUAGGACCAUGGGGAAAAUGUCUCCAGGCGAUGUCAGAGACCUUCACGGCAGCCCCUCCCAUCUCAGGCCUGGAAGCCCAGGAGGAAAAAGUGGUUUCCUGGGCUGGGUCCAGGGUCCCUGUGCUGCGUGCACCCUGGGACUUGGUGCCCUGUGUCCUAGCCGCUCCAGCUGUAGCUGAAAGGGGCCAACGUAUAACUCGGGCUGUGGCUUAAGAGGGUGGAAGCCCCAAGUCUUGGCAGCUUCCACAUGGUCUUGAGCCCGCUGGUGCACAGAAGCCAAGAACUGAGGUUCAGGGCCAGGCACAGUGGCUCAAGCCUAUAAUCCCAGAUCUUUGGGAGGCCAAGGCAGGCGGAUCACUUGAGGUCAUGAGUUCAAGACCAGCCUGGCCAACAUGGUGAAACCCCAUCUCUACUAAAAAUACAACAAAUGCGUGGUGGCACAUGUUUGUAAUCCCAGCUACUCGGGAGGCUGAGGCAGGAGAAUCGCUUGAACCCGGGAGGCAAAGGUUGCAGUGACUCAAGAUCGUGGCAUUGCAUUCCAGCCUGGGUGACAAGAGUGAAACUCCAUCGCAAAAAAAAAAAGAAUUGAAGUUUAGGAACCUCUGCCUAGAUUUCAGAAGAUGUGUGGAAAUACUUGGAUGUCCAGGCAAAAGUUUGCUACAGGGGUGGGGCCCUCAUGGAGAACCUCUGCUAGGGCAGUGUGGAAGGGAAAUGUGGGGUCAGAGCCCCCACAUAGAGUCCCUACUGGGUCACUGCCUAGUGGAGCUGUGAGAAGAGGGCCACUGUUCUCCAGACUCCAGAAUGGUAGAUCCACCCACAGCUUGCAACAUGCACCUGGAAAAGCUUCAGACACUCAAUGCCAGCCUGUGAAAGUAGCUGGGAGGGAGGCUGUACCCUGUAAAGCCACAAGGGGCGGAGCUGGACAAGACCAUGGGAACCCACUUCUUGCAUCAGUGUGACCUGGAUUUGAGACCUGGAAUCAAAGGAGAUAAUUUUGGAGCUUUAAAAUCUGACUGCCCCACUGGAUUUCAGACUUGCAUGGGCCCUGUAACCCCUUUGUUUUGGCCAAUUUCUCCCAUUUGGAAUGGUUGCAUUUACCUAAUACCUGUACUCACAUUGUAUCUAGGAAGUAACUAGCUAGCUUUUGAUUUUAUAGGCUCAUAGGUGGAAGGGACUUGCCUUGUCUCAGAUGAGACUUUGGACUGUGAACUUUUGGGUUAAUGCUGAAAUGAGUUAAGACUUUGAAAGACUGUUGGGAAGGCAUGGUUGGUUGUGAAAUGUGAAGACAUGAGACUUGGAGGGGCCAGGGGUGGAAUGAUAUGGUUUGGCUGUGUCCCCACCCAAAUCUCAACUUGAAUUGUAUUUCCCAGAAUUCCCAUGUGUUGUGAGAGGGACCCAGGGGAAAUAAUUGAAUCCUGGGGGCCGGUCUUUCCCAUGCUAUUCUCGUGAUAGUGAAUAAGUCUCACGAGAUCUGAUGGGUUUAUCAGGGGUUUCCAUUUUUGCUUUGUUCUCAUUUUCUUAAUUUUUUUUUUUUUGAGAUGGAGUCUUGCUCUGUUGCCAGGCUGGAGUGCAGUGGUACGAUCUCAGCUCACUGCAACCUCUGCCUCCUGGGUUCAAGUGAUUCCCCUGCCUCAGCCUCCUGAGAAGCUGGGACUACAGGCACGUGCCACCACACUGAGCUAAUUUUUUGUAUUUUUUAAAUUAAUUUAUUUGUUUUUCUUUGAGACAGAGUCUUGUUCUGUCGCCAGGCUGGAGUGCAGUGGUGCGAUAUCAGCUCACUGGAACCUCUGCCUCCCGUGUUCAAGCGAUUCUCCUGCCUCAGCCUCCUUAGUAGCUGGGACUACAGGCGCACACCACCACAUUCGGCUAAAUUUUUUUGUAUUUUAGUAGAGACGGGGUUUCAUCAUGUUGGCCAGGAUGGUCUCAAUCUCCUGACCUUGUGAUCCACCCACAUCGGCCUUCCAAAGUGCUGGGAUUAUGGGCAUGAGCCACUGCGCCUGGCCUUCUUUCUCAUUUUCUCUUGCCGCCGCCAUGUAAGAAGUACCUUUCACCUCCUGCUAUGAUUCUGAGGCCUCCCCAGCCAUGUGGAACUAUGCGACCUAAAGUCAUGUGGCACCUCCUUCGAAGGUACAUGGCAUCCCGGCUCCAUUCCCUGCGGAUGGGUGGCUACCUGUUCUCUGGCUCCCAGGCCCCCCAGUUGUCUCCUGCUCUGUUGAGAGCCCUGGGCCAGAAGUGCCCCAACCUGAAGCGCCUCUGCCUGCACGUGGCUGACCUGAGCAUGGUGCCCAUCACCAGCCUGCCCAGCACCCUGAGGACCCUGGAGCUGCACAGCUGUGAGAUCUCCAUGGCCUGGCUCCACAAGCAGCAGGACCCCACCGUGCUGCCCCUGCUUGAAUGCAUCGUGCUGGACCGUGUCCCCGCCUUCCGUGAUGAGCACCUGCAGGGCCUGACGCGUUUCCGGGCCUUGCGCUCGCUGGUGCUGGGUGGCACCUACCGUGUGACCGAGACAGGGCUGGAUGCUGGCCUGCAGGAGCUCAGCUAUCUGCAGAGGCUCGAGGUGCUGGGCUGCACCCUGUCUGCCGACAGCACCCUGCUGGCCAUCAGCCGCCACCUCCGACAUGUGCGCAAGAUCCGGCUGACCGUGAGGGGCCUCUCUGCCCCUGGCCUGGCUGUCCUGGAGGGAAUGCCGGCCCUGGAGAGUCUGUGUCUGCAGGGUCCCCUUGUCACCCCGGAAAUGCCCUCCCCCACUGAAAUACUCUCCUCCUGCCUCACUAUGCCCAAGCUCAGAGUCCUUGAGCUGCAGGGGCUGGGGUGGGAGGGUCAGGAGGCGGAGAAGAUCCUGUGUAAGGGGCUGCCCCACUGUAUGGUCAUCGUCAGGGCUUGCCCCAAAGAGUCUAUGGACUGGUGGAUGUAACUACUCCACCUGCCCCUGGGACCCAUCCCAGUUUUCAUCGUUGAGCCCCAGACCCUCUGAGCAGCACCUUGAAGAGGGCAGAUAAUCAGACUUGAGGAAACUGAAAGCCCCAGGUUGAGAGAACGGAGGCCUAGGGACCUCCAGACCAUUGGAAUCACUGUUUGCCAGCUGUGUGGCCUUGGUCACAUCAUCAGCCUCUGGGAAGCCUAGUUCCCACAUCUGGAAAUAAGGAUGAUCAUAGCUACCUCAUGGUUACAUUGCAAAGCCUUACUCUAAAAGCUCCCAGCCUCCAGAGGCUCUCAAUGAAGAGUCACUUUCAUGGUCGUCCUCAGGAACAGGACGGAUGAAGAAGGGGUGGGGUUAAGACUUAGGGGCACCCGAGGGUCUGAGCCCCCUUAUGAGUACCCAAGAAGGACUGUCUAUGCAUGCACACCCACAAGCCUAUACACCAUUUAUGUACCUACACGCACGCAAGAGACGCGGAGAGAUAGGCAAUGCAGACUCGCGAUUCAAUGAUCGAUAUGCUCAUAAAAGUUCUCAAUUAUAUUUUCUGUAUUUUGUAUGCUGUAUUUUCCAAGACGUAUAUUAUUUUGCUAUUAAAGAAAAAAAUCAUUUUUUUUUUCCCGA